AUGUCAAGAAGAGGCUUACGAGAUGAAGAAAUCGAACGAUUAUUGUGUGAAAUUCCAUCAGACGAGGAUUCCACUGUUGACACCACAGAUGACGAAUCUGAUUAUGAAGCAAGCAUUGUUGCGGAGGCUAUUGUGUCGUCUGAAGGCGAAGUUUCAGAGAGCGAGGAAGAAAGUGAGUCCACUCCGCCAAAACGCGCUGCUGACACAGCGCCAACUUGGGGACAACAAUUCAAUGCUACCUCAGGAAUGCAGUUCGACAGUGAAUCAGGACCAAGUGCUUUUAUUAGGGACAUUGAUGAUCCAGAACCUAUCGAUAUAUUCGAAAAAAUAUUUCCAAAAGAGCUAGUUGAGCUAAUCGUUUUCCAAACAAAUUUAUAUGCGACGCAAUCUGGCAAGUCUUUCACUCCAACAACUGACAAUGAAAUACGAACUUUCCUGGGAAUCAACAUUUUGAUGGGUAUAAAGCGUAUGCCAGCAUACAGAGACUACUGGUCUAGUGCCCCAGAACUUCAUGAUCGUUAUAUUGCAUCUCUGAUGGCAGUAAAUCGGUUUGGAUGGUUACUGAGGAACAUUCAUCUGAAUGAUAACACAUUGCAUCCAGAAAAAGGACACCCAGGUUAUGACAAACUGUACAAGCUGCGACCAGUGAUCAAGAUACUAUCUGAAUCUUUUUCCAAGUGUUACCAACCCAGCAAACACCUAGCAAUUGAUGAGUCAAUGAUCAAAUUCAAAGGCCGCAACAGUAUGAAACAAUACAUGAGAGAUAAACCCAUAAAGCGUGGUUACAAAGUGUGGAUGCUGUGUGACAAGACCUCUUACAACUUGAAAUUUGAUAUUUACACCGGAAAACGGGCAGUCGGCAGCCCUGGAACUGGAAGCAGCGCGGCAGGAAGUGCACGCCUGGAGCGGGCCACGUCGCACUCCAGCGGCCAGUCUGACGUCACCGUGGAGUUUGCAUUCUGCCGGCACGACGCCAGCGGCGGUGUCCCAUGCUAA